AUGGCACCGAUACGCCGCUACCUCAGGAUCACCAAGUACUCGGUUCUCGAAUGCCGCAUCUACCUCGACAACCCCGCACUGGCGCAGUCUUGGCUGCUCAAUCCGCGGGAUCCCAUCCUCCCCAAGGUCAUUGAGAGCGUGCGGCCGCUGGUCUUACCGAAACUACGCGAGGAGCAGGAGCGCGAGCGAAGCAAGAAGAAAAGCAAGAAACGGAGCAUCAAGGACGUGGUCGUCGAAGAUGGCUUCGAGGUGUCGAUCUUCCUGACCGAGACCGACACGCGGCACUCGCUGCUACACAAGAGGAAGCUGUUCCGUGACAAGAUCCAGACAAGGCUCACCUCCAACUCGUCCAAGCUGAUGGGCGCAUCCCACGAGGAGCCCAUCGACGUCGAGGGCCAGUUCCCGCAGGGAGAUGACGUACCGACGAUCCGCGAGGAGGACGACGACCAAGACGCCGUCAACUUGGCCGACAUUCCCACGGCAGAUGAAACAGCUGCAGACUCGGAACCCACCAAUAGGAGGCCAAAACGACGACGCCCCCGUGAACAGGGGCAGGAACCGGAAAGAGGCUCCGAGGAUGGGAGCGACGUGGAGGUGAUCGAUGAUUCAGGCUCAUCGGCCGAUGAGCUGUUUGUGGGCGAUGAAGAGAGCGACGAGAGCGAUGCCGCGACUGGCCAGCGGCCACCCAAGCGCCGCAAGGAGAAGGCGGCCGCCGUGGGUGACACGGCAGAGCGGGACGACAAAAAGAAGAUGGCCAUGGAUAUCUCGUACGAGGGCUUCGCCAUCUACGGGCGGGUGCUGUGCCUUGUGGUCAAGCGGCGCGGCGAUGGCGCGGACAAAGGUGGUGGUUCAGCUGUCCCAGCUCGGACAAAAGACCAGACCGGCCGGCCUGGUGGCCAGGCCAUGAUGGAGAACUGGAUCGCAUCUACCCAGCUCCCUGAGGCGGCCGGGGAAGUAGAUGCGCUAUGA